AGGCGUAGAGACUUCCUUCAGUUGAUUUUAGAUGCUCGGACUGGACAAGAGAGCAUUUCUUCGGAGCAGUUUGGCACAGGAAGCCACUCAGACGAGUUUGAUAACGUGAGAAAGCAGAAACAAUCGUCAGCCUCGGAGCAAGAAAACAACCAUUCUCAGUCAGAGGAGUCACAGAUGACCCAACUACAAAAAAAGGUAAUAACUGAGGAUGAGAUUGUGGGUCAGGCCUUUGUCUUCCUCCUGGCAGGCUAUGACACCAUCAGCAACACAUUAUCCUUCACCUGCUACCUGCUGGCGCUCCACCCUGAAUGUCAGCGCAAAGUACAGGAGGAGGUGGAUGAGUUCUUCACAAGACACGAGUCUCCAGAUUACACAAAUAUCCAGGAACUAAAGUAUUUGGACAUGGUUGUAUGUGAAGCAUUGCGGCUCUACUCUCCUAUUUUCAAGUUUACACGAGAAGUUGAGCAUGACUGCAUCAUAAAUGGUCAUUUCUUUCCUAAAGGGAUAAUAUUGGAGGUCUUUGCAGGUUUCCUCCAUCAUGACCCAGAGCACUGGCCUGAGCCACAGAAGUUCAUCCCUGAAAG